UACCCUAACGUUUCUCACAGUUUUGUUUUAGUCUGAUUUAAUGCAAAGUGCACGUAAACUCUAAUUUACUCAGGUUUUUACCUCCAAACUCUUUCAGACUGAAUUCAAACUCUUUCAAAUUGAAUUUGUGAUAGAUGUGAAGGGGAACUAAAAUCACGAUUUUAAGGAACAAUACACAGCGCAAAACUCGGGAGCUCGACGGAACGGGAAGCUGUUGUGUCAGGCAUUGCAAAUGUCAACAAAAGGGGAUACGGACGUUCAUGCGAACGAAAACAUGUCCUUUGAAGAUCUCCGCAAGCGGGCGAGACAGUUGGAGAGUGAAAUCGACGUCAAAUUAGUGUCUUUCAGUAAAAUCGCUGCCAGUUAUGGCUCUAGUUCUGCGGCGAAUGCCAACAGUGAAACGGUGGCACUUCUGUCUGGAGACCAAAUGUAUGAGACAAUCUCGGUGGAAUUAGAGCAGUUGUUGUCAGCGUUAACAGAAGUAAAUGACAGAAUGAACAGUUGCCCCCAUGGGUCCUCUGUUGCCAUCAUACACACAUUGCAAAGACAUCGGGACAUUCUUCAGGACUACACACAUGAAUUUCAGAGGACGAAUAACACAAUAAAAUCAAGACGAGAGCGUGAACAGUUACUGGGGAGUGGAAGGAAUGAUGGGAAAAGUUUAGCUGGUUUGUCACGAAGAGACUUAUACCUUAAAGAGAGUGAACAUCUUGCCAGCUCUGAGCGAAUGGUAGAUGAGCAGAUAACAAUAGCUGUAGAAACACGAGACCACCUAAAAUCACAACGAGAAGCCUUCAAGAUGAUUCAAACAAAAGUAAAUGACCUUUCAAACAGGUUUCCCUUAAUCAACACACUCAUGACCAAAAUCAACAUUCGUAAAAGGCGAGACAGCCUAAUUUUGGGAACAGUAAUAGGCUUGUGCUUGACUUUUCUGUUAUGGUGGAUGCUUUUUUAGUUAACAUAAAUUUAUAUGUAAAUUCAGGGCUUAAUGGUAAGUUGUGACAGUGGAAAGAUGAGAUAAGGAAUUCAGCAUCAUUGGUUGUGCAAAUUUUGGUACUGCUGUUGAAAUUAGUUUUGUAUUGAUAUGAGUGUUGUAUUGUAUUUUAUCAUAAAUAUUUCAAAAUCAUAGUUAGUCCUAUAUCAUCAAAUGGUGCUGGUGACAUUUUGUAGAGUGACUGGUAUACUAGACUGUGGAUAAUGCAGUUGUGUAGCCAGCUCUUUUCUGACCUUUCUUUGCAUUCCACCUAAUGCUGGUACACAUUCAUAGCAUGGUCAACUGGUGGUGACAGAUUAAAACCAUUCUUUACCAGGACAGCAACAUAAGCCAGAUUGGUAGCAGUAUAGUCUAUUUUGUUUAACCUUUUUAUAUGUAAUAAAAGGAUAGUUAGUGUAUAGUUGUAGGUUUUAGGUACAGUAGUGUAACUAAAGUAGCUCUUUCAGAUCAGUACAUCAAGCUUCAGCAGUCUGGUAAGCCUAGAAAUUUUGAGUACACUUCAGCUGUGUUAUAAGCCAGUUUGAAAGUGUAAUAUUAAUGGUGAAACACAUUUUAAAUUCUUCAAAAGUGUAGAAUUAUACAAUUGAUAAUUGUCUUCCUAAUUCAAAACAAGUGUCCUGAAAUCAGAAGAAAUUAAAUGAAACUAAUUUCUGUGCUUGAGCAUGCCAUGUGUGGUAGUUUCACUUACAGUCAGAACAUUUUUUUGCAGAUACAAUGUACUUUAUAACUCCCAGUCAUUUUGCUCUCUCUCUCUCUCUCUCUCUCUCUCUCUCUCUUUUCCUCUAUAUUAAUAAGAACAUGUUACUAGAAUUGAUUGCAGUAAAGCCAUGUGCCUUGUUAUAAUGAGAGUGUGACUCCUUUUAAUCAUUGUGUACCUCAUUUUUCCAUUGUCAUAGAAUGGCCUCUGAACAAUUAUUGUUAAAGUAUUAUCCAUACAUUUAUUAUAUGAAAUGAAUACUAUGUUGUUUUCAGUACAAGUACUGUACUGUCAAGGGUGUGAUAUGUGAAAGUUUUUGUGAAAUACACGAAAAAUGGUUUGAAUUAUAGAAAAGUGCGAGUUUCAUAUCCAAGAUAUAAGUACAUAUAGUUUUGAGUUUUAUAAUCAAGGGAUGCAAUGUGUUUAAUAAAACUUUUUAUAUGAGAACCAUCACCAACAUAUCCAAGACACAGUACAGUCCAACCUCUUUAAUCUGGCUCCCUUGGGACCAGGCCAUAGCUGGACCACAGAAAAUCCUGAACGACAGAAAUCACCCCUAGAAAACCCCAUAUUAAAUAAACUCAAUCAAAGUAGAACAAAGCUUAUGAAUAAUAACUGUUAUUCGUUAGGUUUUGUUCCUUAUAAAAUUAUGGCCUGCUCCAGAAUUAUCUCCUUAAACCACUUUAAAUGCACACUGUCGAGUUUUGAUCCCAUGGCAGCUUUCAAUGUUGUUGGGCACUUCAAAUAUUUCUGGCUUUUGUGUUCAGCCCAAACCUAAAAAUCUGCUGCUUUUGUUUCUUUAAAGCUGCAUGUGAGAGAGAGGUCCAUUAGCAAAAUUCAAAUACGUAAUAAUUGAAUUAAGAUCGAUCAUUUUAAUAAAACUUGUUUUAGUACUGCAUGUUAUAUUUCAUGCAUUAUUUUCAUAUUGUAUAAUAAUUUAGGAACAUAAGUAGUAGUGUUCCAGGGCCAUUUGCAUUUUGAUAAUGUUUACUUCUGAAAAAUAACUGACUGUGUUUUACCCUCAUCACAGCUGUUAGUGCGAAAUGAAAUGCAUUGAUUCUGUUUUUUUUCAGUAAAUUAUUACUGCUGGGUUUAAAAUGCAGCUUUAUUUAUAAAUGCAUUAAGUUAAAUGAAAUAUUAAAGGUGUGAUUUUGCCAGUAUCAGA